UCCGGCGCUCCCGCCCGGCCGAGGGGCGGAGCCGGCUCCGUGCGCCCGCCCUGCUCGUACCCCGACAUGGCGGAGUAUUCCUGCGUCAAAUCCACCAAGCUCGUCCUCAAAGGGUCGAAAGAGAAGAGCAAGAAAAAGCACAAGGAAAAGAAACGGAAAAGGGAAGAGGAUGCGGCAGAGCAGCUCGAUAUUGUCGGAAACUGGUGGGCUGUCAGCAAUUUUGGUGAAAUUACAGGAACUAUAGCUAUAGAAAUGGAUAAAGGAGCUUACAUCCAUGCCCUCGACAAUGGCUUGUUUACACUUGGAGCACCACAUAAAGAUGAUGAAGGCCCUAGUCCUCCUGAACAGUUUACAGCAGUAAAGUUGUCUGAUACAAGGAUUGCUCUCAAGUCUGGUUACGGCAAAUAUCUUGGUAUCAAUUCAGACGGACUUGUUGUUGGACGUUCCGAUGCAAUAGGAUCAAGAGAGCAAUGGGAACCUGUCUUCCAAGAUAGGAAAAUGGCGUUACUAGCAGCAAACAGCCGUUUUAUUAGAUGUAAUGAAGAGGGGGACAUAGAAGCCAAAAGCAAAACUGCAGGGGAAGAGGAAAUGAUUAAGAUUCGUACUUGUGCUGAAAGAGAGGCUAAGAAGAAAGAUGAAGUUCCACAAGAAGACAAAGGAAACGUUAAACAGUGUGAAAUCAAUUAUGUGAAGAAAUUCCAAAGUUUUCAAGACAAAAAGCUUAAAAUAAGCAAAGAAGAUACAAAAGCCCUGAGGAAAGCCAGGAAAGAAGGCACUUUUCAUGAAGUGCUACUUGACAGGAGAGCUAAAGUGAAAGCAGAUAGAUACUGCAAGUGACGUCCAUUUUCUUCUGCAACUUUGAUGGCAGCAUCAAAUUGAAAAUGAGUAAAAUAUUUUGUAAUUUUUUUUUAUUUAAGGCAUUUUUUAAGUAUCUUCAGAAUUAUAUUAAAAUUUUCUGAAAUAUUAAUAAUCCAGUUAUAAAAUCUUAUUAGCUGUAUCACUUGUGAAUAUUCGGCUUGUAUUAAGAGAGUGGCUCCAAGAAAAAUUAAAGGUAUAUCCAUUAACA